ACGCAAAAGAAUAACAGAAUCGCGCUCUCCCUUCUUCUUCUCCCCCCUCCUCCGAUAUCCGCAUUAUCCGGGAAAAAUGGCUCACGAUUUCCGCCCCUCGUCUAUAAAUACGCCUUGCUCUUACUCUGGAAGCUUCUUUUUCUUUCUCAUUUUCCAGUCUACCCAUUUUCUCCUCUUUCUCUUUCCCUCUCAAAAUUUCUCUGAAAUUCUUCUCUGUAGCUCUAGGUUUUCCUCACAUUAUCAGUCGAUUGAUGAGAGUUUUAGUAGACGAAGACGAAAUAGAACUUGUUUGCUUUGUGGUUGGCAUCGGAAAUCUGAUCGACUGAGAGCAUUAUUACCAUAAUGGCAUCAGGGCAGCACGAUCCCGAAGCAUCAACAUCAUCAGGUCUACGAGGUUCGACCAGUAGGCCAUCAACAAGUACUGCCACAACAAAUUUCUCGUUGGAAGUCUUUGAUAACGAAGUUGUGCCAUCUUCUCUCGGUAGCAUUGUCCCUAUACUCCGUGUUGCAAGUGAGGUCGAACCUGAACACCCUCGUGUUGCUUUUAUUUGUCGAUUAUACGCGUUUGAGAAAGCUCAUAGAUUAGAUCCAAAAUCCAUUGGUAGAGGUGUACGACAGUUCAAGACAGGUCUCUCCCAGCGAUUAGAACGAGAUAAUGCAUCAACUCUCGCCUACAGGGUUAGAAAGACCGAUGCACGGGAAAUUGAGAGCUUUUACCGGCAAUACUAUGAGCACUAUGUUAGAGCCCUAGAUAAGGGGGAGCAAGCUGAUAGAGACAAACUUGGCAAAACAUACCAGACAGCUGGAGUGCUUUAUGAAGUGCUGUGUGGUGUUUCGAAGACCGUUUCUCCUGAGCUCAUUGCUGCUGCUAAAGAUGUCCACGAAAAGAAGGGAUUCUAUACACCAUAUAACAUUCUACCAUUGGGUGCAGCUGGUGCAUCUCAGUGUAUCAUGCAUCUUGAUGAGGUUAAGGCAUCUGUGGAUGCUCUUGGGUAUACCCGUGGAUUGAGAUGGCCUUCUUCAUUUGAGCAGCGUAGACAAGAAGUAGGAGAGUUGGACCUUUUGGACUGGCUAAGGGCUAUGUUUGGAUUUCAGAAAGAAAGCGUUAAGAACCAAAGGGAGCAUCUACUAUUAAUUCUUGCGGAUGUUCACAUAAGACUAGAGCCCAGGCCUGAACCCCUUAACAAGCUGGAUGGGCGAGCAAUAGAUGCAGUAAUGAACAAGUUGUUUAAAAACUACAAAACAUGGUGCAAAUUCUUAGGAAUAAAGCACAGUUUGCGGCUCCCUGAAGGACGGCAAGAGAUGCAGCAGAGGAAAUUACUCUACAUGGGUCUUUAUCUUCUUAUUUGGGGUGAAGGAGCUAAUGUUCGUUUCAUGCCAGAAUGCCUGUGCUACAUCUUUCACAAUAUGGCAAAUGAACUUGAUGGUCUAUUAGCCGGAAUUAUCAGCAUUGUAACUGGAGAAAAUAUCAAGCCUUCGUAUGGCGGGGAGGAUGAAGCAUUCCUCAGAAAGGUUAUAACACCAAUAUAUCGUGUAAUUGAUAAGGAAUCCCAGAAAAGCAAAAACGAAAAAGCACCUCAUUCAGCCUGGUGUAACUACGAUGAUCUGAAUGAGUAUUUCUGGUCAGCUGAUUGCUUCUCUUUGGACUGGCCCAUGCGUGAUGACAGUGAUUUCUUCAAAUCAACGCGGGAUAAGGGGAAACAAGCAACUCAACAAGAAUCUGAAAGCACAGGAAAAUCUUAUUUUGUUGAAACAAGAACAUUCUGGCACAUAUUCAGAAGUUUCGAUCGGAUGUGGACCUUGUAUUUGUUGGCACUUCAGGCUAUGAUAAUUGUUGCAUGGCGUGGAAAUUCACCAUCAGAUAUAUUUGAAAAGGAUAUCUUGUAUCAUGUUUCUACUAUAUUCAUCACAGCGUCUUUCUUGCGCUUCCUUCAAAGUGUUUUGGACUUCAUUCUGAACUUCCCAGGCUACCAUAGGUGGAGGUUUGCUGAUGUGUUGAGAAAUCUUCUAAAAAUAGUGGUUAGUCUUGGGUGGGUAGUUGCCCUUCCUAUUUGCUACAUGCAAUCCUUCUCUGUGGCUCCUGAAAGAAUUAAAGACAUGCUGACGUGGUUUCCUCAAGUGAAAGGCAUACCAGCUUUAUAUAUAAUGGCGGUUGCUGUAUAUUUGCUUCCCAAUAUACUUGCAUCUGCAUUGUUUAUUUUUCCAAUGCUUCGAAGGUGGAUUGAAAACUCAGACUGGCCUAUCGUUAGGUUUCUUUUGUGGUGGUCACAGCCAAAAAUAUAUGUGGGAAGAGGAAUGCAUGAAAGUCAGUUUCACCUUUUCAAGUAUACUGUUUUCUGGUUGCUACUUCUAUCUUCAAAGUUAGCCUUCAGUUACUACAUCCAGAUUAAAAAUUUGGUGAAGCCAACAAAAGAUAUUUUAAAUAUUCGCCAUGUUCAAUAUGCCUGGCAUGAAAUUUUUCCUAAUGCUAUCCACAAUUAUGGUGCAAUUGUCGCUCUUUGGGCUCCAGUCGUCUUGGUUUAUUUCAUGGAUACUCAGAUUUGGUAUGCCAUAUUCUCAACUUUGUAUGGUGGGUUUGUUGGAGCUUUUGAUCGUCUCGGUGAGAUAAGAACGCUCGGCAUGCUAAGAUCGCGUUUCCAAUCUUUACCUGGAGCUUUCAAUGCAAACUUGGUACCCUCAGACAUGAGUCGGAAAAGGGGUUUCUCUUUGUCAAAGAAAUUUGCCGAGGUUCCAGCAAGUAGGAGAACUGAAGCAGCAAAAUUUGCUCAGUUGUGGAAUGAAGUUAUUGGCAGUUUCAGGGAAGAGGACCUCAUAAAUGAUAGGGAGAUGGAUAUGUUGCUAGUUCCUUAUACAUCUUUCCCCAGCUUAAAAGUAAUGCAGUGGCCUCCCUUCUUGCUUGCUGGAAAGAUUCCGAUAGCAUUGGAGUUUGCAUCUGAAUUCCAAUCCAGAGACUCUGAUCUCUGGAACCGUAUAUGUGCUGAUGAAUAUAUGAAAUGUGCUGUGAUUGAAGGAUACGAGCUUAUUAAACUCAUCCUGGAUCUCCUGGUUGUUGGGGCGAAUGAAAAAAGGAUCAUAGGUACCAUCAUAAAUGACAUUGAAAGUAACAUAGAGAAGAGUACAUUACUUGCAAAUUUCAGAAUGAAUCAUUUACCCGCUCUCUGCAAGAAAUUUGUUAAGCUUCUGGAGAUUUUGAAAGAGGGUGAUCAAUCAAAACGAAAUGUUGUGGUAUUAUUACUACAGGACAUGUUAGAAGUAGUUACCCGUGAUAUGAUGGUUACUGAGAUUCUUGAACUGGCUGAACUUGGUUACACUUACAGAGAUCAUCUUUUCGCUGCUAUUGACCCAAUACCCGCUAUUGCUUUCCCUCCAGUAGCAACGGCACAAUGGCAAGAGCAGAUAAAGCGUCUCGAACUCCUUUUGACAGUAAAAGAAUCUGCACUUAAUGUUCCAACUAACCUUGAAGCACGUAGAAGGAUUGCGUUCUUUACAAAUUCUUUGUUUAUGGAGAUGCCACGAGCCCCCCCAGUUCGUAAAAUGCUCUCAUUCAGUGUUUUGACUCCUUAUUAUAGCGAGGAGACUGUGUACUCUAAAAACGACCUUGAGUUGGAGAAUGAAGAUGGUGUAUCCAUUAUCUUUUACUUGCAAAAAAUCUUCCCAGAUGAAUGGAACAACUUCAUGGAAAGGCUCAAAUGUAAAAAGUCGAGCGAAGUGUGGGAAAAUGAAGAGAACAUCUUGCAUCUUCGACACUGGGUAUCUCUGAGAGGACAAACACUGUUCAGAACUGUUAGAGGCAUGAUGUACUACCGACGGGCUUUGAAGCUUCAAGCCUUCCUUGACAUGGCUGAUGAAAGUGAAAUUUUGGAAGGCUACAAGGCAGUCUCAAUUCCAUCAGAGGAAGAGAAAAGGAGCCAGAGGUCCCUCUUUGCUCAACUAGAAGCUAUUGCUGACAUGAAGUUUACGUAUGUUGCUACUUGUCAGAAUUAUGGGAGUCAGAAGCGAAAUGGAGAUCGCCGUGCAACAGACAUUCUGAAUCUGAUGGUUAAUAACCCAUCUCUACGUGUAGCAUAUAUUGAUGAAGUUGAAGUAAGUGAAGGUGGCAUUCUACAGAAGGUCUAUUAUUCUGUGUUAAUCAAAGCUGUUGAUAACCGUGACCAGGAAAUUUACCGGAUCAAACUGCCGGGGCCAGCAAAGAUAGGAGAAGGAAAGCCUGAAAAUCAGAAUCACGCUAUUAUUUUUACCAGAGGAGAGGCUCUUCAAACCAUUGAUAUGAACCAGGACAAUUAUUUAGAAGAGGCUUUUAAAAUGCGCAAUCUCUUGGAGGAAUUCAAUGAGGACCAUGGAGUGCGUCCACCUACAAUUCUAGGUGUUCGUGAGCACAUCUUCACUGGCAGUGUUUCUUCUUUGGCCUGGUUUAUGUCCAACCAGGAAACAAGUUUCGUCACUAUUGGUCAAAGAGUUCUAGCAAGACCAUUAAAGGUUAGGUUCCAUUAUGGGCAUCCCGACGUUUUUGACAGAAUUUUCCAUAUUACUCGAGGGGGCAUCAGCAAGGCUUCUCGUGGUAUCAAUUUGAGUGAAGACAUCUUUGCUGGAUACAACUCAACUUUAAGACGUGGAAAUGUUACCCACCAUGAGUACAUUCAGGUUGGGAAAGGACGGGAUGUUGGGUUUAAUCAAAUUUCACUCUUCGAAGCGAAAGUUGCAUGUGGUAAUGGAGAGCAGAUUCUUAGCAGGGAUAUCUAUCGGUUGGGGCACAGAUUUGACGUGUUCCGCAUGAUGUCCUGUUAUUACACAACAGUUGGGUUUUAUGUCAGCUCAAUGAUGGUGGUGAUUGUCGUUUAUGCUUUCUUGUAUGGGAAGCUAUACUUGUCAUUGAGUGGACUAGAGCAGUCGAUAAUGAAGUUUGCUCAAGUCAGGCAUGAUUAUCCUCUAGAGGCUGCCAUGGCAUCACAGUCCCUUGUUCAGAUAGGCCUGCUUAUGGCGUUGCCCAUGGUAAUGGAGAUUGGACUUGAGAGGGGUUUUAGAACUGCCAUGAGUGACUUCAUCAUCAUGCAGCUUCAGCUUGCAGCUGUGUUCUUCACAUUUUCCCUUGGGACAAAGACCCAUUAUUUUGGACGUACCAUACUGCAUGGUGGUGCGAAGUACAGGGCCACUGGAAGAGGUUUUGUCGUUCGACAUGAGAAAUUUGCUGAGAAUUAUAGGAUGUAUUCGAGGAGUCAUUUCGUAAAAGGGUUGGAGUUGGUAUUACUGCUGGUUGCGUAUGGGGUAUAUGGUUCUGCCACUUCCGAGUCCCAUGGCCACAGUUACAUGUUUUACACAGCUUCGAUCUGGUUCUUGGUCGUAUCUUGGUUGUUCGGACCGUUUCUUUUUAACCCUUCGGGGUUUGAGUGGCAAAAGAUAGUUGAGGACUGGGAUGAUUGGUCCAAGUGGAUAAAUACUCCAGGAGGUAUUGGUGUUCCAGCAAGCAAGAGCUGGGAAUCGUGGUGGGAUGAGGAACAAGAUCACCUCUAUUUCACUGGGUUCUUAGGCAGGUUCUGGGAGGUUGUUCUUUCCCUUCGUUUCUUUCUAUUUCAGUAUGGGAUCGUGUAUCAUCUACAUGUCUGCAACGGAAAUAAAAGCAUAAUUGUUUUUGGUCUCUCUUGGCUGGUUAUCGUGGCUGUGACGAUCAUCUUGAAGAUAGUGUCUGUGGGUAGGAGAAAGUUCAGCGCAGAUUUUCAGCUGAUGUUCAGACUGCUAAAGGCGUUGAUGUUCGUUGGAUUUAUAGUGAUGGCUAGCAUCCUCUUUAAGUUUCUGAAUCUCACAGUUGGUGACAUCUUCGCGAGCCUUCUCGCUUAUUUGCCAACAGGAUGGGCCCUAUUGCAGAUAUCACAAGCAUGUAAGCCAGUGAUGAAGGCAAUAGGGUUAUGGAGUUCCACAAGGUCUUUAGCCAGGGGAUACGAAUACGGGAUGGGACUCGUUAUCUUUGCGCCUACAGCUGUUCUCGCCUGGUUCCCAUUUGUGUCUGAGUUCCAGACACGGCUGCUCUUUAACCAUGCUUUUAGUAGAGGCCUUCAGAUUUCACGCAUUCUGGCUGGUGGAAAGAAGCAUGAUUGACAAGGUUUACUACUCAUCCCGAGGAGUCUCGUCUCACGUAUGUCCAGCGAGGGAAGGAGUUGUCUAGCUGGGAAUGUGAAACAUAUGAGCUCUACAGGUCUGUCAUGUAAUGAUUGUACAAGAAAAUAUUGGAGGUUGCACACAAUUUAAAAUUCUUCAUUUAACUCUGUUUUUAGGAUGAUUCUUGUUGUUAAUAUUAAUAAUGUUGAUGGGUCAAUUUUGAAGGAUUAUCCUCUAGUUUGGGAUAAUCAUCAUACAUAUUAUUUGUAGUUUGCAAACAUUGUUUCGAAAUAAUUCACACGGUAUAGUGGGAGAUCUUUUAAGAUC